AUGGCCGGCAAAGCGCGCCCCCUGCCGGGCGGGCGGACCGCAGGCGGGACGGCCGGGAAAGGGCGGGGCCUGCAAACAUCACGUGAGAUCACCCGACCCCGCCCCUCCCCUUGGCUCCGCCCCCGCCCCGUCAGCGCCCGCGGAGCCGCCAAUGGCAGCGGGAGGCUCGGCUGUGACGUCACGGAGCCACGCCUCCUGGUGCCGGGAGCGAGGGGGCGUGGCCUGAGGAAUGCUGGGCGUGUCCGCUGGCGGGCGGCCAAUGGGGGCAGAGGGGGGCGGGGCCAGCGGGGCCGCCGGGACGCGGGGGGAAGCGGCGGUGGCGGAGCGAUGUUCCAGCUGUGCCGCCCCCGCGGGGGCCGCCCCCUCCUGGGGCUGCGGCUGCUCCGGGGCCCCCCCGGGCCCGCCCGGCCCGUCAGCUACCGGCCCCUGCGCAAGGUCCUGGUGGCCAACCGGGGUGAGAUCGCCAUCCGCGUGUUCCGGGCCUGCACGGAGCUGGGCAUCCGCACGGUGGCCGUGUACUCGGAGCAGGACACCGGCCAGAUGCACCGGCAGAAGGCGGACGAGGCGUACCUGGUGGGGCGGGGGCUGCCCCCCGUGCAGGCCUACCUGCACAUCCCCGACAUCAUCCGCGUGGCACAGGAGAACGAGGUCGAUGCCAUCCACCCCGGCUACGGGUUCCUGUCGGAGCGGGCGGAUUUCGCCCAGGCCUGCCUGGACGCCGGCGUGCGCUUCGUGGGGCCGCGGCCCGAGGUGGUCCGGAAGAUGGGCGACAAAGUGGAGGCGCGGGCCAUCGCCAUCGCCGCGGGGGUGCCGGUGGUGCCGGGGACGCCGUCGCCGGUGUCGGCGCUGGCCGAGGCUCAGGAUUUCGCCGCCCGGGUCGGGUUCCCCGUGAUCCUCAAAGCCGCCCACGGCGGCGGCGGCCGCGGCAUGAGGGUGGUCCGAGCCCCCCAGGAGCUGGAGGAGAACUUCUCCCGCGCCACCUCGGAGGCUUUGGCCGCCUUUGGGAACGGGGAUCUGUUUGUGGAGAAAUUCAUCGAGCGCCCGCGGCACAUCGAGGUCCAGAUCCUGGGUGACUCCCACGGGAACGUGGUGCAUCUCUUCGAGCGCGACUGCUCGGUGCAGCGCCGGCACCAGAAGGUCGUGGAGAUCGCCCCGGCCGCGCGGCUGCCCCCGGAGCUCCGCGCCCGCCUGGCCGACGACGCCGUGCGCCUGGCCCGGCAGGUGGGCUACGAGAACGCCGGCACCGUGGAGUUCCUGGUGGACCAGAGCGGGGACUAUUACUUCAUCGAGGUGAACUCGCGGCUGCAGGUGGAGCACACGGUCACCGAGGAGAUCACCGACGUGGACCUGGUGCACGCGCAGCUGCAGGUGGCCGCGGGCCGCUCGCUGCCGGAGCUGGGGCUGCAGCAGGAGCGGAUCCGCGUCAACGGCUGCGCCAUCCAGUGCCGCGUCACCACCGAGGACCCCGCGCGCGGCUUCCAGCCCGACACCGGCCGCAUCGAGGUGUUCCGCUCCGGGGAGGGGAUGGGGAUCCGCCUGGACGGGGCCUCGGCGUUCCAGGGCGCUCUGAUCUCGCCCCACUACGACUCCCUGCUGGUCAAGGUGGUGGCCCACGGGCCGGACCAGCCGGCGGCCGCAGCCAAGAUGAGCCGGGCGCUGGCCGAGUUCCGCAUCCGAGGGGUCAAGACCAACAUCCCCUUCCUGCAGAACGUGCUGGCCCACCCGCAGUUCCUGGCGGGCGCGGCCGACACGCAGUUCAUCGACGAGAACCCCGAGCUCUUCCACCUGCGCCCGGGCCAGAACCGCGCCCAGAAACUGCUGCACUACCUGGGUCACGUGAUGGUGAACGGGCCCAGCACCCCCCUGCCCGUGAAGGCCAAGGCGGCGCUGGUGGAGCCCACCCCCCCCCCGGUGCCCAUGGGGUGA